UCUUUCACCUUCAAAAUGAGUUUACUCUCUUUCCCCUCCACCAUAAACCACUGCAGUAAAACAAUCUUCAAUUCCCUUCCAUUCACCUCUCAAACGAGUCACAAUUUCCACAGAUUUUCUGUUCAUAGCACAAGUCUUUAUACAACGUCUUCUUGUGUUGUCAAACUCUCUUCACCAUUUUCAUGGCAACCAGUGAUCAAAACCAGUUCUUCUUCAAGCCACAGAGGACUAUCCCUGGUGUCUUUUGAUGCCAAGAGUGACUCAGGAUCAAUAGACCAUGAAGAUCACCGAGCUUUAGACACAGUCCUCAAGCUUUACUCGGCAAUCAAAAGCCAAAAUAUCUGUGAGUUAUCUGAUAUAAUUGGCGAGGAAUGUCGAUGCGUAUGCAAUUUCAUUUCAUUCUUCCAACCCUUCCAAGGGAAGAAGCAAGUGAUAGAUUUUUUCAGUUAUCUUAUAAGAAGCUUGGGAAAUAAUAUCGAGUUCGUAGUGAAACCAACUUUGCAUGAUGGAAUGAACGUUGGCGUCGCAUGGAGACUAGAAUGGAGAAAGAACCAUGUGCCAUUGGGGAAGGGUUUCAGUUUCUACGUUUGCCAAAUCUACCAGGGCAGGGUGGUGAUAAGGAACGUGGAGAUGUUCAUGGAACCACUCCUUCAUAUGGAGCCUUUCAGAAUCAAAAUAAUGAGCUACGUGAUGAUGGUAGUGGACAAGCUGAGCUCCUAUACAAUGACAAAGGAUCAGAAACGAAAGGCUUUAUUAUACAAAUCAUUGUUCCUUCUAUUCUUCUUGGCUGUACUUCUGUUAUUUUCAAAACCUGGAUUGUAUUAAGCCACAAGGGAAUGUC